AUGUUGAGUCUGCUCAGACUGCCGUUCAUGGAAUGAUCUCCAUUGUCUGGGUUUCCUAAACCUAUUGAAGUGUUUAGGAAUAUGUGAACGGUUGCACCUUGACUGUUUAAUCACAGGUGAUGGUAUAUGUAUUCUUAGUGAUGGUGGUGACGAUGGUGUUGGUAACGGUUAUGGUGAUGAAGAUGAUGCGGUGAAAAUGAUGGUGGUGAUGAUGGAGAUGAUGGUGGUGAUGAUGGAGAUGAUGGUGGUGAUGAGAUGAUGAUGGUGGUCGUGAAGAUGGUGGUGAUGAAGAUGAUGGUGGUGGUGAUGAAGAUGAUGAUGGUGUUGAUGAAGAUGAUGGUGGUGGUGAUGAAGAUGAUGAUGGUGGUGAUGAAGAUGAUGGUGGUGGUGAUGAAGAUGAUGAUGGUGGUGAUGAAGAUGAUGGUGGUGGUGAUGAGAUGAUGAUGGUGGUCGUGAAGAUGGUGUUGAUGAAGAUGAUGGUGGUGGUGAUGAAGAUGAUGGUGGUGGUGAUGAGAUGAUGGUGAUGAAGAUGAUGAUGGUGGUGAUGAAGAUGAUGAUGGUGGUCGUGAAGAUGGUGGUGAUGAAGAUGAUGAUGGUGGUGAUGAAGAUGAUGGUGAUGAAGAUGAUGAUGGUAGUGAUGAAGAUGAUGAUGAAGAUGAUGAUGGUGGUGUUGAUGAAAUGAUAGUGGUGGUGGUGAAGGUGAUGGUGAUGAAGAUGAAGAUGGUGGUGGUGAAGAUGAUGAUGGUGGUAGUGAUGAAGAUGAUGAUGGUGUUGAUAUGGUGGUGGUGGUCAAAAUGA